CAAUCCAAUGAGUCAAUCCCAUUCAUUCCAUUCACCGGUUGUUUUGGCAAUUGGCAUAUUUUGGCGGGUCCAUGAAAUAAAUAAAUGAAAUAAAGAUUGUUUCCAAAAAUGAAACUGCAGUGUCUAGUCGAAGUGAUAAACCGGUUACACAAUAACUUAAAUAUUAGGUCUAAUGGAAAGCAUCUGAAAUCCACAUUAGCUCUAGGAAAAGAACCUAAAUGUGAGACGGAAUAUUUCAUAAUACAUUUUUCUUCUGUCAACAAAUCUGGGGUAAAGUAUCGUAUAAAAGCUAUAAAACAAGUGUUUGUGAAGUGUAUCAAUGAGGGUAAAGCAACAAUAAGAUUCGAAGAGCCACCACACGAUCUAUGCAUAAAAAGUGAAGUUUUACAAUUAAAAUGUUUCAUGAAAUUAUUGAAAUCAUGUAUUGUUGGAGAUACAAAAAAUUUAAAGAUUUCUUCACUGUGUAAUCUAAGCGUCACAGCGAAGGAUAAUGCUCCAAAGAAACUUAUAAUCCAUGACAGAAGUGAAUUCCCAACAAAUGGCUUGCCAAGGACUUUAGAAACUCUUUACAUAAGUGGUUUGAAACUGUGUAACUUUAGAAGGGAGAUAUUACUUUUAAAGCAGCUUGUUGUACUUGAUUUAAGUAAUAAUGAAAUUGAAAAAUUGCCUCCAGAGUUUGGUAAAAUGCAAACUCUUUGUGAGCUGCACAUGGCCAAUAAUCUACUUGGUGUAAAAGGAGACGUCGAUUGGAGAUGGCUGCUUGGACCCCAAAUAAUUAAAACAUUGAAAUUAUUGGACCUAAGUGGAAAUAGAUUAGGACAUCUUCCUAAAGCAAUUUGGAAGUUACAGAAAUUAGUCACUUUGAAGGUAGAUAACAAUUUGAUGGACAAAUUGCCUGCUACUCUGGGACGUAUCAGUAGUUUGAGGUAUGUAACGGUCUCACAAAACGAACUGGAGUCAUUACCAUGCAGUCUAAUGCAGUGCCGUUUGGAAUACAUAGACCUAUCAUCAAAUAAAUUUCAUCACAAGAAAGAAAUGAUUAUGACAAACAAUCAUACACCAUGGAACUUUUAUAUUGGUAGCUUAGUUCAUAUAGCUGGUAAGAUAGUAUUAAAAAACAAAUUAUAUUAUGCCUCAAAUAUUAUACCAUGGACACUAGUGGAUUUCUUAGACAAUGCAAAUAUGUGUGUGUGUGGUGCACCAGUAGUUAGUGAUUUAUUUUAUGUCAAGAAGGAAUUUGAACUAAAAGACUAUUUUCGAACUGUUGUAUUCAAUAAUAAUUGGAAUAGUGUAGUCAAUUUCGAAUGCUACUUUUGUUCACCUAAAUGUUUUAGUAAAUGAUUGUCUUAUUUAUAUUUUUUGUGAUUUUAUAAAAGACAAAAAAUUGUUUAAAACGUUUAUUUAUUAAGUUAACAAGCAUAAUAUAAUUAUUUUAGGCCAUCUAGUUUCCAAUUGAUUUCGUGAAUGACUGGAGCUAUUCUUAUGUGUGGUUCUGAAAGAAAAAUAAAUGUAUUUGAAUAAAACAUAUGAUAUUUA